GUAUUAUAACAUUGUAGGAAAAGAAUUGGUUUAAGGCUUCAUUUGAUUUUGAUGAAUGUGAACCUCCAAUGAAACCAAAGGGGCAGACAACCACUACUAAUAUUGAAAAAACUGAUUCUACAAAAAAGAAAAGAAAUGUUGAGCAGAAUAUUGUAAAUAUUAAUCACAAGAACUGGAUGAAGAAUUUUGACCCCAAAUCAGUUGACGAUCUAGCUGUCCAUAACAAAAAAAUACAAGAUAUUGAAGAAUGGUUAAGAAUUACUUGUUGCAAUAAUAAUAGUGAUAUCUUGUUGUUGACUGGUCCUGUUGGUUGUGGAAAAACAACAACAAUCCAUAUGUUAGCAAAAAAGCAUAACAUAAAAGUCACUGAAUGGAUAACACCUCUGGACAUAGAAAUACCAUCUUUUAAUGGUGACUAUGAGUUCAGAGAGAAACAAUCAACAAAGUUUUUAGAUUUCAUUUUAAAAGCUGCAAAUUUUACUUCACUAUUAGAUUCAAAUUCUAAGAAAAUAGUUUUAGUAGAAGAUUUUCCUAAUACUUUCUUAAAAACGCCUUCUGAAUUUACAGAUAUUUUAAAUCAAUACAAAAACAGAGCAAAAUCACCAAUAGUAUUCAUAUGUUCUGAUUCUCAUACAGACAAUAAAAAUACAGCAAGCAGUUUAUUUACACCUAGUCUUCAGGAACAGUUUCAAAUAACACAAAUUGUAUUUAAUUGUGUUUCAGUAACAGGUUUAAGGUCAGCACUCAAAAGAGUGGCAGAAUUAAUCAGUAAAAACCAUACCAGUAUUUAUAACACACCCACUGGAGACAUGAUCGAGUGUGUAGUGAAUUCAUCUGCAGGCGAUGUUAGAUCAGCAGUUUUGAACUUACACUUUGCUUGUUUGAAAGGAGGCAAUUGCAACUUGGAAACAAGCAUUGUGAUGGCUAAAGAAACAAAAACAAAAGCAGCUAAAAAGAAAAAACAAACUAGCAAGUUUUUAUCAAUAGGCAAAGAUCAAACAGUCAGCAUUUUGCAUGGAGUAGGCAGAGUUUUGAAUCCUAAAGUAAUAUCGGUCAAUAAUAGUGAAAGACUGUCUCAUUCCCCAAGUGAUAUAAUUGAACAAUUCUUAGGUCAUUCAAGUUCGUUUGUCAACUUUUUGGCAGAAAAUUAUCUCCCCCAUUAUUCUUCCAUCGAUCAUUUAGACAAGGCAGCUGGGGCAUUGAGCGACGCAGAUAUCAUGCUAGCAGAGUGGAGGGAAAAAAUAUGUCAAGAAAUCGGAUUAUAUGUGGCAGUUGCAGGUUUAAUGCUUGCAAAUAAGGCACCUGUAUCAGCAUGGAAUCCAGUGAGAGGACCAAAGAAUUUAAAAAUUGUUUAUCCAUCACCACACCAGUUUCCGGUUUUGGACCAGAACUAUUUACACAAAGGAAGAGUGUUAGCGACAGAUUAUAAAACAUAUCUUCACAUUAUUUGUCCAAAUAAUUAAGUUAUUUUGAGGUCCAUGAAUUUGUUUAUAGUCUAAUUAAAGAUUCUUUGUUUUAUAAA